AUGUCGGCUCCUCUUCUCCCGCCCAUCGUCACUCGACUGCCACCAUCCACAACAGUCGCUCGCACCCCAGUAUCGCCCACCCUAACCCGUCGUCGCGAUCGUCGCAGCAAACGUAUCAGCGCCAUCCAGUUUGACUUGGAACGUCUCAUCGCGUUUUCUGGCGUCAAAGAUCUUCGCAGAGCUACCAGCUACAGCUCAAUCGCUAGAGGUAUCCACACAGACAUAGAAGAAGUAGCCCAGGCAUAUCCAGACUGGACUGCUCUCGAACAGGGUGUAGAUGGGCCAAAGCUCACAUAUGGACAACUCAACAGUUUGGCGAACGAGACCGCAGAAAGACUCUUCAAUGCAGGCAUUCAAGAGGAGGAUCUCGUUCCUGUAAUAGCUUCUCGCACUCCUCAUGCAAUCGCUGCUAUCAUCGGUGUACUCAAAGCAGGUGGCGCAUAUGUUCCAUUCGAUGCCGAAGAUUGGACUCAGGAUCGAAUCAAUACCGUUCUGUUUACGAUAGAACCAAAGCAAAUCAUUCUGACCGAAGAGCACUAUGCUCCGCUCGUCACGGACUAUACAUCUCAGCGUCGCGCAACUGUUUUGAAAGUCCCUCCAGUACCUACACGAAAUAUUCAGUAUCUUUCCCUAGAGUUAUCUAUGCAUCUCCAGCCCUCCUCAAAUCGUUUAGCGUAUGUAAUCAUGACUAGUGGCACCAGUGGUGCACCAAAGGGAGUCAUGGUCGAACAUAAAAAUCUGAUUCAAUAUGUACGGCGCUUCGAACAAGACAGACCAGCUAACAUGGAUGUUCAUCCUGGAGAUCGUGUUUUCCUCGUUUAUUCUGUCGCAUUUGAUGCCUUUUCUGGUGUGAUUUGGAGCACACUUUGCAAUGGAGGGACUAUAUGCCUCGCAGACAGGUCAAAUUUAGCUACAGUAGCGAAAAGCGUCUCUCACCUUCCCGUGACCCCCUCCCUAUUAUCAUCUCUCAUUCCUUCCGAUUACCCUAACAUUCGUGGUAUCUAUUGCGGUGGAGAAGUACUUCCUAUCUCUCUGGUUCAAAGCUGGGCUUUCGCAGGACGUCGUAUAUUCAAUUGUUACGGACCUACGGAAACUACCUGUGUGUCUACAAUGACAGAAGUGGGUCCCAGUACGAAGCAAGUCACGAUUGGUGGCCCCCUGGCUGGUUACGCCGUGCUUGUCGUAGAUGAGAGUCUGCGACCUGUUCCUAUUGGUCAAUCUGGAGAGCUGAUCAUUGGCGGAUUGGGUGUGGCUAGAGGAUAUUAUAACAACCCAAAGUUGACGAGUGAGAAGUUCGUAAAGAUGGAGUGGGUAGAGAUUAUGCUCGGACUGAAGCGAACAGGACGGUGGUAUCGCACAGGAGAUUUCGCCAAGUGGACUUCUGAUGGAAUGUUGGAAUAUCUUGGACGUAGUGAUUGGCGUGUCAAGAACCGAGGCUUCCUCAUUGAUCUAGAGGGUGAUGUUGAAGGCGCUAUGAUCGCUCAUCCUGCCGUUGCAGAUGCCAAAGCCUUCAUGAUAGCCGGACGUCUUCUCGGCGUGGUCACUCCCGACAACAUCGAUACCAAAACACUGCGCGAUGACCUACUGGUUAAGACCCCAGCAUACAUGGUUUGCAACAAGAUUUUCGCUCUGCCUUCGUUCCCCCGCACGUCCAACGAUAAAGUAGACCGGAGACAACUCCAAGCCCUGAUAGAGUCCCUUGCUGAUGAGGAUACAUCGUCGUCCGGUCCUCUACCUACCACAAAGAUCCAAAAAGCAGUGGCUUCAGGUUUCACCUUACUCUUCAAUAUCAACACCCAGAUUGGGAUCAGAGCAAACUUCUUGGAACUCGGAGGCGAUUCCAUCACUGCCAUUCGUCUCGUCUCACACGUUCGUACAGCUGGCUACAGUAUAACGUUCCAGAAUGUCUUGCAGCUGGCUACUAUCGAGGCCAUCUCCAAGGUGGCGGCUCCGCUAGGCUCCCCAACAGAAGCGGAAGUGGACGAAGGUCCAUCUUCAGAAGACUGGAAGUUGCUGCAGGAGAUAGUUGGGAAGGAGGCAGAUACUAUUGCAGAGGAUAUCGCGCCAUUGACGCCUUCUCAGAGAGCUAUGUUCAUUACUACAGCUUCUAAGCGGUCCGUAUAUGCGCUUCAGACGUAUGCAGUUCUACGAGACGCCAGUGGACCAUUCGAUCCCGAACGUUUCUUCGGUGCGUGGCAACAGCUCGCCCAAAGGCAUGCAAUCUUCAGAUCAUCAUUCCAUCUGGAUGCUGGAGAGCACGGUGUACAGAUCGUACAUCGCAAUGCUCCUAGCAUUCCGCGUCGCCUGAUGGUUUUGGAGACGGAAGCAGCCGUCAAGUCAGCCCUUGACAUGUAUCUGCAAGAGGACGUAGAAAGAGGGUUCGGUACUGAAGAAUUUGUCAAACCUGGUUUACUCUCUCGUAUAGCGCUCUUUACGUGCCCUAGUGCAGGUCUCACCUUCUUCGUGUGGACGGUGCAUCAUGGUCUUGUCGAUGGCUUGUCGGCUCCUCUUUUGCGCGAUGAGCUCGUCCAAGAAUACAACUCCUACAAAGGUGCUAUGCAGGCACCCGCACUUCUCCCUGCCCGUUCGUUCACGUCUAUUGCGCGUGCUAUCGUCAAGCGUCAAAGUGAAUUAGCACAGGCCGCAACCGAGUUCUGGCGCAAGCAUCUAGAUGGUGCAGACGCCACUAUGCCCGUUGCUCUUCCUCGUUUGACUGGCGCAUUGGUAGCUCCAUCCCAUGAGCUUGUCUACAACUCUACUCUUGCGUUGGAUCUUGUCGCGAAUUUCGCUCGUUCUCAAGGUGUGACGAUGACCACUGUCUUCCUCGCCGCCGCCGCCGUCGUACUUUGUCGGUACACAGGCAAGUCCAACACCAACGUGGGUGUUGUGUUGACUGGAAGGUCUGUGCAACCCGAUUCAGAUCGAGUCGUAGGCCCUGUCGUGAACACGCUCCCCAUUCACUUGGAUAUAGAAGACGAUGCGCUCCUGGUGAAGGAUCUCCUUCUUGCGACCUCCAACAAAGUGAUGUCUGCCACCGAAUGGGAAUGGUCCUCCCUUGGAUCUGCUAUGGCCGCUUGUGGUAUCUCUUCAGACCUGUCUCUCUUCGACUUUGCAUUCUCGUUCGCAGAUGACUUCAGUGCCGAGAAUGUGAAAUCUCCAGUGCCCAUGGGACUGCAAAUCUCCGAUGCCGUCACCACCGAACAAACUGAGUUUCCUUAUUCGAUCACCUUUGAGAGAAGUUCCAAGCAGACGGCCUCUGUGCGGAUCCGACAACAGCCUCAGCAACUCCAUCAAUCUCAUGCUGAGAAUCUUGGUCGUCAUUUCUGCAAUGUUGUCGCUGCAUUUAUGCACUCCAAACAUGUUAAGGAAGUUCAGAUCACCGACGAUGACGAGCGGCGUUUCUUGACGCACGGUUUGAACUCUCAUCACACCAAACCGUUCUACCCGACCACGACUAUCUUGGAUCGCGUCGAACAAUCCUUUGUCGCUCACAGGGAACUCGUAGCCAUCACACAGGGGCCUAAUUCGAUCACCUACGCGGAGUUGGAUCGUCAAUCAACAUUGGUGGCUUACUACCUUGCCAGACAUCACAAUGUCACUGUGGGAUCCACUGUUGGUGUCUAUGCCACGCACAGCAUCGAUUGGAUGGUUGGUGUUUUCGGUAUUAUCAAGGCAGGAGCGUCGUAUUUGGCACUUGACAGUAAUCUCCCUCCAGAACGGCAGAACUGGUUACUCGAGCGUGGGGAUAAUGUUGGCGUAGUUCUCGUACCUCGCGUUCCAGAUCACAAUGCCUUCAAACUCGAGCAACUCAAGAUCUCAGAUAUAGUUACUGCACAUGCGCCACCAUUCCCCUUGAAGCGACCCAGCGUUGACGAUGUCGUAGCAUAUAUCUACACCUCUGGAUCUACUGGAGUGCCGAAAGGUGUUCCUUUGCAACAUGGUGGGCUUGACACUGCCUUGGCACCAGAUUUCGGACAUAUGUGGUCAGCACCUGGUCGUAACGUAGCGUUAAUGAUGGCCCUUGGCUUCGAUGGUGCCAUCUUCACCACUUUUGGUGCCCUUAUGUAUGGCGCGACGCUCCUUUUGAAGGACGCUGACGACCCUCUCGGAUACCUGAAAUACGCAGACACAUCCAUCUGCACGCCCUCGAUGCUUGCCAGUUUGAACGAAGAAGAAUACAGAAAUUUCGGAGCGUUGUUGACUGCUGGAGAGGCUUUACCACAAGGACUCGCAGAUACGUGGUCUGUAGGUAGGAAAUUCGGAAAUAUGUACGGACCUUGUGAGGGUCAUAUCUUCGCAACUUACAAACGAGUUACGCCUGGUGAUCCAAUAUCUCUUGGGCGUCCAACGCCAGAGGCACGAAUUUACAUGGUUGAUCCUGUUUCAUGCACACCAGUUCCUGUUGGGUUACCUGGUGAAAUAUGGAUUGGUGGUACUCCUCCUACCUUUGGUUAUGUCGGUCUACCUGAGAUGAGCAAGGAGAAAUUCAUCCCGGAUCCAUUUGGUUUCCCAGGAGAACGCGUAUAUCGUACUGGCGAUAUUGGGCGUUGGCUUCUCAACGGAGAAAUCGAAUAUAUUGGAAGAGUGGAUGAUACGGUCAAGAUCAAAGGUGGAUUCAGGUUGAGCUUGGCAGGAGUGGAAAAAUCACUCAGCCGUGAAGCCAAUGACUUUUUGGGUACACCCCUGGCGUCCGCGACGGUUCUCCUUGUCAAAGAUGCGCUUGUUGCUUAUAUUACUCCAUCCAACAUUGACGUCGAGGCUCUUCGCGAUCGUUUGGCAGAAACUGAGCCUCAUUUCGGUGUCCCUAGAUUCAUCAUUGCCGUCGAUGAGGUUCCUAUGUCGAACAAUCACAAGGUCGAUCGAAAGGUACUGGCUGCUCUGCCCUUACCAGAACUACCAGCAGUCCGCUACGAACCUCCAGCGACCCAAACAGAGCGCGACCUCGCUAAGAUCUGGAAGUCAUUGCUAGAAUCUGAGGAAGACAUAUCUGCUACCGCUCAUUUCUUGCGCCUUGGUGCUACGUCGCUCAGUCAGAUACGCAUGGUUUCGGCUUUAUCACGGUUGUACGGUAUCGAGGUACCCUUAUUGACGGUCAUCAGCACGCCCGUACUGCGUAACCUUGCUGCUGCUAUCGACACUCUCCGUCAGACCGGCCAUGUAGUCGAAGAAAUGGAAAUACUCAUACCAUCCCCUGAAAAGCUAUCGCCCAGUGAAGAUGGUAUGUGGCUCGCAUAUCAGCUCGCGACCACCAAGACGCCAUUCACCGUCUCUGCUAUGUACUCCAUUGCGGGGCAUAUUGACGGCGAGCAGCUGAAGGAGGCAUUUGAUGUUGCUCUGGGUCGUCACACGAUCUUCCGAGCAAGAUAUGACAUGGACAGUACAGGAAGGCCUCAAAGGUACCUGGCAGAAGACCCUCCCGAAGCACAGUUGGUGUCUAGGGACGAGUUCAAUCGUUCGCUGGAUCAAAACUUGAACCACGCUUUCAAUCUUUCGGCCGAGGAGCUUGUCCGAGUCCGUCUCUCAUGCAACGACAACGACUCGCUGAUUUUGUUCUCUGCCAAUCACAUUAUAACUGAUCAUUGGUCCUUGGAUAUCAUCAUGAGAGAAGUAUCCAGCAAUUAUGCAGUUCUUGUGAGCGGAGAGGACCCUUACGAUAUGCCUCCUUCACUCGAUUAUCCUCAAUGGGCUGCCUCAGCCGCUCAGAAACCUGACCAGUCGAAAGCACUUUCAUUUUGGUCCGAUUAUCUGAAAGGCAUCCCAGAUUGCAUAUCUCUCCCCCUAACGAAGCCUCGACCACCAGUCAAAUCAUAUGCUGGCCAGUCGCACAUGUUCAAUAUCCCUGAGGAGCUCCGGAUCAUUGUCGAGCGAGCAUCAGCAUCGUAUGGUGUGACUCUUCAUCAAUACUUCAGCGCUGCACUCCUUCUUGUCCUUUCUACCUUUGCAAACCAACGAGACAUUGUCGUUGGUGCUUCGCAUGCAAAUAGAUUCACCACAGAACAGUUCGAACUAUGUGGUCUCUUCCUCGAUCGGAUACCUUUCCGCAUGCAGCUUACCGAGAAGAAUCAAACCUCCAUCGAGUCUUUGAUUCGAUCAGUUGUUUCCUCGCAGCAGGCUGCCUCUCUAAAUUUCAAGCUCGCUUUCAACGAUAUCGCUAGUGGCAUUGGCAUUUCUCGUAAUCUAAGCCGUCAUCCUAUAUUCCAAGUUAUGUUGUCAGUAGAGAAUGAUACUGAGACCGCCUCAAAACUACGGAUAGGAGAUGCCAUCGUAGACAUUGUGCCUGUUGCAGGUACAGGGGCUACGUUUGACUUGCUCUUUGGCUACCAGCUGCUACCUAAAGGCCAAGGAAUUCGACUGAGGCUAGAAGCAGCCGAUAUCUACGACUACAUUCUGAUAUCAGCCAUCGAGUCGUCGAUGCGCACGGUUCUUUCAAUGCUUGCAAACCCGAAAUCAACUCCUGCUGAAAUAUGUUCUGCCAUCAUGCCCUCGGUCGUUCGUGUACCAUCCCACGAUGAGAAGAUUGGUCUUGUGCGAGAUGCUAUGCUAGCCGUCCUGCGCUCCUCGGGGCCGCCAAGUGAAAUACCUUCAGACAAGACAUUCUUUGAUCUUGGUGGAUCAUCCAUCCAGACGCCUAUGCUGUUGCGUGAGCUAGCCACGAGGGGCGCGCACGUGAGUAUGGUCGAGAUCUUCACAACACCAUCCAUCGAAGGGAUCGUUUCUUGUGCCCAAUUUGAUUUGAUAAAAUAGAUUCUAGUAUUAUUCGCAUCCAUGUAUAAUAGAGAUAGAAGCAUAAUUUUAUUCAUCAUCCAU